AUGGGCCUUCAGUCCUUCCUUCUUACGGCCAGCCUAGCGCUGCUUGCCAACGCUUCACCCAUUUCACUUGCACCAAGAGCUGUUUCCUGUCCCGGCGCCAACAACUCUCUUUUCACCGUCCCAGCAACGGGAACAAGCUAUCGCGUACAAUGCUCCACCGACUACUACGGAAACGACAUGCCCGGUAAUCCCGUCUGGGUCGGCUCCCUCGACGCCUGCAUUACCGCCUGCGACUCGAAGCAGGGUUGCAAAGCCGUCGCCUGGGUUUCAAAGGACGGUGGUUGCUACCUGAAGAGCGCAGCCGGCACAGCGAGUGCGAAUGGCAACGUCUGGGCCGCGAAGUUCAACGCCGCUGGCACCCCGAAGGCGACUUCGCCCUCCGCCCCCACCCCAACCACCGUCGCCGCCCCUGGAAGCGGCAAGCGUGGCCUCGCCUACAAUGAUGCCUCCCUCACCUCCAUUACAUCAGGCACGAAGUCCAAACUCACCUGGGCCUACAACUGGUUUUCCGCGCCCGGCGCCGGCCAGAACAAAGCCCUGACCUUCAUACCCAUGCUCUGGAGUGACCGAGCCGACCACACAACUCCCUGGGCCGCAAACGCCAACGCCGCCAUUGCCGCGGGCGCCAACACGCUCCUCGCUUUCAACGAGCCGGACCAGUGUGGCGGCGGCGGGUCGUGCAUGCCCAUGGCCAACGCCGUCGCGGCCUACAAGAAGCACAUGCAGCCCUUUGCCGGCAAAGCGAAGCUCGGCGCUCCGGCCGUCACGAACGGCGGCGGGACCAUGGGGCUGAACUGGCUGAAGACGUUCAUCACGCAGUGCACGGGCUGCACGAUCGAUGUCAUCCCGAUCCACUGGUACGACUCCGCGACCAAUGUGGCCUACUUCAAGAAUCAUAUCCAGGAGGCGUAUAAGGCGGGAGGCAAUCGGCCGUUGUGGAUCACAGAGUUUGGCGCGAGCGGCACCGAGGCGCAGAAGAUUGAGUUCUUGAAGCAGGUCAUGCCGUGGUUGGAUAGUCUGAGCUAUGUCCAGAGGUAUUCGUACUUCAUGGACUCGAAAGGCAUUUUGGUUAACUCGAAUGGGGCGGGUAUGACUCCGUUGGGUCAGGUUUUCGACAGCUAUUGA